AUGGAACAGGAGUCACCCGCAGGCUUUGAGAACUCGGUCCGUGGCUGCGUUGGUAGGCAUAAAUCCUCUGGGACCCAGUGGACGCAUGCAAACACCAUCUACACCUCCCGGGACGCCAAGGGCGACCCCCACUGCGUGGGCUACAAGGAGGCUGGAGAGCAGACCCGCUGGACCAUCCAGAAGGCGGAGGCCUGCAACCAGGACGGCUUCCAGCACAGCCUGGGCGCCUAUUCCUGCUGGCAACAAGGCUGCGUCGCGCAGCGCUUCGUUGCAGGAGGCAAAGCCUACCGCCUGCCGCGCCGCGGCAUGGACUUGGCGAAGCUUUUUCUGGCCUCGCUGGCCUCGCUGGCUUCAGCAAGCCCCGAGAGCUGCGAUUGGGCCGGCUGCAACGGCCGGACCCUCCUGCAGCAUCGCGUGGUUUUGGGAGAGACUCAGGGCAGGCUGUCCUACCGAGGUGAGUUCCACGAUGUGUUCAAGGACCGUCCUGCGAUUGAAGCGCUGCAGUCCGCGAAGUGCCGCAACUACUUCGGCCCGGGACAGCGCGGCAGCAUGAUCUACGACGUGGAGACCAUGAUGCUGAGGCCUCAGGCGGAGCUGAAGAAUCAGAGCGGCAGCAGCUUGAGCUACAGCCCCCCCCGGCGUUUGAUGACCUUCGAGGAUCAAAUACCGCAGGACCAGAUCGGCGAGGACACGUCUUUGAACCACUCCUCCGGGUGGUGUAUGCCGCUGGCUGUGCGCACGGCCGCGCGGCCCAUCAAGGUGAGCCUCGCGACGCUGCAGAACCGAACUUUGAUGAUGGGGGCAGUGUGGAAGUGCGCCUCCACCAGCAUGCGCGCCAUGCUGCAGUCCCUGGACGGCGUGGAGUUCCUCGACGCCCACGGCGAGUCGAAGGACUUCUGCGCGGAGCAGAACUUCAGCUGGCCCGCCUGUGAGAAGACCUCCAGCUUUCUGUCAGCUGCAGUGCAGGCCACCUGGAAGGUGGCCACCAUCCGGGACCCUUUCGAGCGUUUCAUGGCCUCCGUGAACGAGCACGGCAAGUGGUCUUCCUGCGACGGCGAGGUGUGCCAGGAUGAAAUCGAAAAAGCCAAGGACCUGGCCCGCACACUGGCCACUCAGUUCCCAGGCACUUACAGGAGUUGCGAGCACCCCACGAUGUCCUACUUCCUCUCAGCAACAGACCUCAACGGAAAUCCUGUGGUGUGGGAUAUGCUCCUGGAGGUGGACGACCUGAGCAGCGAGCUUCAGAAGCUCUCCGAGCUCACAGGCUGGGCCUUGAACACGGAGCAGGAGAAUAGCAGCGGGGACGACGACAUCAAGAGACAGUAUUUUGAUGCCAUUUUUCAAGACGACGAGACCCGGUGUUCUGUUUGCAAGGUCUACGCUCAGGCCUUGCGCUCGGAGUUGGGCUCCAGAGAGACGCCUUUGCAGCGGUUCGCCGUGGGGAAGGAGUGCGAGACCACAAGCGAUUGGAGGGUAGUGCACAAGCUGGUGCUCCUGUCCAAGCCGGAUGCUGCGGGGGCUCUCAUGGACACACAGGGCGCAAGCGCCGCGCGCUUUUAA